AAUAUACUGAUUCUAGCAUCAUACCAUACCUUUCAGGCCUUUGUAAUAUAGAAGUAGCCCCGUGAAAACGCACUCAACUGCAUUCGCUGUCGUAUUUUAAUUGAAUUUAAGCGGAGAGCAGCUCUCGCGUUCGUCUAGUCGCGCUUGGUCAGUCGUGAGGUGACAGUGUUGCAACUAUAAUGGAUUAUGAGCCAUCCGAAAAGAUCAUAGAUCGCUACCAUGUCAUCCGUAAAUUGGGCUGGGGCCACUUCUCUACUGUUUGGCUGUGCUGGGACUUGCAGGCAAUGAGAUAUGUGGCAAUUAAAAUUCUCAAGUCGGCACCGCACUUUGCCGAGACGGACGAGAUAAAGAUACUCAAAACGGUGCGCGAGACCGAUCCAUCGAAUCCACGCCGUCGCAAAACCGUCCAGAUGCUGGACGACUUCAAGAUCACCGGCGUUAAUGACACCCAUAUUUGUAUUGUGUUCGAGGUGCUUGGUGACAAUCUCCUGAAACUCAUACAGAAGUCCAACUUACGCGGUAUUCCACUGGCCAACGUCACAGCUAUUACCCGCCAGGUGCUGGAGGGUCUUGACUAUCUUCACACGUGCUGCCAGAUCAGCCACACGGACAUAAAGCCCGAGAAUGUCCUCCUGUGCGUGGACGAGCCUCAUGUGCGCUCACGCUCCGUGGAGAAUACAUCUUCGGCUACGAAUGGACCGCAUUCGAAUCCAACGCUGCCAACCAUUCAAACGCGCCAAUAUCGAUCACUAGAAGUUAUUAUCGGUGCGGGCUAUAACACCUCGGCGGAUAUCUGGAGCACUGCAUGCAUAGUAUUCGAACUGGCCACCGGUGACUAUCUUUUUGAGCCACACUCCGGCGAAUCGUACACCCGCAACGAGGACCAUUUGGCCCACAUCAUCGAGCUGCUGGGUCCAAUACCGCGGAACAUUUUGUUAAACGGCACCUAUGCGGCGAAGUCGUUUACCCGUUCCCGUUGCAAGAGCAACAGCACUAAAAGGUGGAUAACCGGCAGUAACAGCAGACGGAGAAGUUGGCAGGGGCUAUAUAGAAUCUUCGGCAUCGGUGGCUACUUUGGCUUUCAUCUCAUCAAUUGCUUCCACAUCGGCUGCAGCAAUUGCGGCACUGAAGGCCCGACCUUAUUUGGUUGCACCCUUUGUAACCACAGCCUCAGCACCACCCACUCCACAACCCCACGCAUCCAUUUCGACAAACACGGCCCGCACAUCGCCAGCUAUACCUACACGUAGUCGCAUCGCUCCCGAAAACGAUUUGCACUUGGUUGAGGACUUGGGUGUGGCACUUGCUCAAAUAGAGGACCCGCAGACACCCACCAAGAACAAAUCGCAUCGCUUUUUCUGGCGCAAGGCACUGCGACGUGUCUUUCAGCGUCGUAAGUGACGGCGUCGCCGGCAGUCGCUGGCAUCGUCCCGCCCGUCGCUGUCGUCGUCGCAACCUGCUGUGCCUACGGCCAGAUCCACUGCGUGCAGCCCGCGUGGCCCUGCUCAGCUGCAUCCGCUGGCGAGCCCUGGCAACAUAGGCAACAACAACUUUUACUUCAGCAACCACUAAAGCAUCAGCAGCCAGCCAGCCAACCAGCAGUCGCUAAUCUCCGUGAUCCAGUUAACUCAAUUACCAUUCGAUUUAGUUUUACACAUGCCAGCGCUUAACUUAUUUCCUGUGUUAGACCAUCUUUGUUGCUACAUAUGAAAUUAUAAUAUUGUAUUACCGCCUACACGAACACGUCCCCACGAAUCCUGUACAUAGGCUCGACAGUUCUCGAUACCAUUAUUCAUUUUAAUUAAAGCGACGCAUAAGAGUGCGAUGGUAGAGCAUGAGCAAUUGCCGCAUA